AUGCUCCCAAAUCAGAGACCACAUCUCUUCGAUGGCAGACAAUUGGACUCGCAUCCUCCAGGGUCUUUGGAGAGGGGCCCAUUUGGGCAGCUUCCUGGUAAUGAAUCAAAUAUGAGGAGAAUUAAUGGGGCGCCAGGCCUUGAAUCUUUGCGGGAUGAAAGGUUCAACUCCGUGACUGAUGAACGUUUAAAUGCUUUUGCAAUGGAGCCCACUCGACGCUUUGACCAAGGUGAGUUCGAAGAUCUCAGAAAAUUCCCUAGACCUCCUCAUUUGGAGACUGAGCAUGCUCCAAAUUUGGCCAAUUAA